ACUCUCGGUAGCGUUGAUGGGAUGCGUUCCGCCUUAUCGCCAGCUCCGGUUGUUCUUUAUUGUUAAUUGUUUAUUGUUAAUUGUUUAUUGUUAAUACACACUCAGACCCACAUGCAUAACAAGAGGUCAGGACGGCUGCUCCAGUGUAAGUCACAUGAGUGCUCGUGACAAACACCACUUAAAGCACUUGACAAGAACACAUUUCUCAUUAAAUAAGAGACUUUGUUUUGGGAAAAUCCGAUAACAUAGACCGCACUGAUAUUCCGCCAUUUUGUCAUUCAGCCGUGUGCUCAGAUUAACAACUGUUUAUGAGAUGGUCAAUAGUAUGGACACAUACACGGUUUAUUUUCCCAAUCUACUUCUUCAAUGAAAGAAUCUGCUUCAUUCAGCGAACAGCUUACAUUGAGUUUCCUGCAGACGACAGACGAUGCUCCCCACAGACUGGGUCCGGUUGAGGGCAGACGACUGUUACCUGUCUGCUUACCUGUUGUGAGAGAGGACAGUCGCUGUAGCUGCUGAAGAGAAUGGACAAACACAAAAAGAAGGCGGCUGUUGGUACAGGAGCUUUAGGCAAAGUCGAAGGUUACCGGCACCACGUGACUGAUGCUGAGGCUGCUUGUCUUACAGACCCAGGUAACGCGCGCCGACUCCAGGAGGUCAGGACUCGGUCAGGUGCUGAUGUACAGGUUGACCCCAACCCAUCAUCCGUACCUGACAGGAAGACUGUCAUCAUAAAGGGUGACCUUAGACAAAUCGACAAUGCUGUCAGGCUCCUCAAUCAGAUGACUGGAUCGCAGGAAGAUGUUUUACAGCGAGCACAGGAGUUUUGGUUAAAAUGGGUUGAGGCCGCCUUCCCUGACUUAGACUCACAGGCCUACUUCCUGCCUCCUGUCUACAUCAACCGCGUGCCCAUGACUAGACAGACCAUUGCUGGUCAGGAUGUUCUUGUCCUUCACAAACCAUCUGGACAGGCCGGUCAGUCAUUCAAAGUAGCGGUGAAUCCAUCUGCCGCUGCUCAAAGUUCCAUUCCUAAACCUAUUUCAGUUCAGGACAGUGAUGUUAGAGAUGAUGCAGCCAUGCAGCGCAUUCUCCUUUCUCUACAGAAAAUGUCUCAACAGAACAGUGAAGUGUUUGUUGCAAUGAGUCAACUUCAGUUCGGGGAGUACCUUGGAGAACCUUGUUAUGCUGCUGCAGCAGCCCAGGUGCCCUUAUCUACAAGUCUUCCCCCUCCUUUGCCGAAAAACUGGGACAAGGGCGACUUUGAUGUGCUUCUUAUUGACAGGAAGUACGGUUUUGUGGUCUGUGAGGUGAAGGCUGUUGGUGACAACGUAAGAGAGCUUGGUCUGUCACAGCAGGAUAUGGAAAACAACAUCCGAAAGAAACUAAAACAAGCCAUCGUUCAACUGGACAAGGCGGAGGCCAUGUUGUCUCACCUGGUGUCCGACAUCGCUUCCGGUCUGCGCAUCACCAAGACCAUCGCUGUCCCAAACCUCACGGCUCAUCAGGUAGAGCAGGCAAUCGCUGGUGACAAACAACUCACUCAGGACCUGUGUCGCUGCCUUGGAAAACCACAUACAACAGAUGCUGCCGGCGCGGCUGGUCUUUGUUUGACCUCUGAUCAGUUGUCUGACCCCAAGACACCGUGGGACGUCAGUAGUCACGUGCUGAGGGAACUCGGACACUGGUGGCAGCGACGUGUGGCUGAUGCUGGACCUGACAGUCACAUGACACGUGACGUGUACAAGACAGUGGUAGCCAGGUGAGUUGUAGAAAUGUAU